UACACAUUCAGUUCGUUAUCUUACUUAUCCAUUUAUAUAUGAAUAUCAUGUCUAUAUAUUAAGAUAUAAACUUAAUAAUAGUGUUAGUAUAAAAUGUAUAUUCUAGUUAUUAUACCAUUGUUUCUUAACUUGUAUCAUGUUAGAACUUGGAAUGUAUACGGAUAUAUGGAAUCUCAGAUACCAGAGCAAAUACAUAUUGCUUUAGGAGAGCAACCAUCCACCAUAAGUGUAACUUGGGUUACACAAGAAAACACAGAGAGUUCAACUGUACUCUAUGGUACUAUGCUGUUAAAUAUGAAAAGUACUGGCUACGUUAAAGAGUUUAUUGAUGGAGGACGUGAACAACGCAAAAUGUAUAUACAUCGAGUGAUCUUAUCCGAUUUAAUUGGUAAUACAACUUAUUAUUAUAAAUGUGGUAGUUUAGAUGGUUGGUCAGAUGUUUUGAAAUUUCGUGCUCUCCCAUCUCAUCCUUAUUGGUCACCUAAAAUAGCAGUUUAUGGAGAUAUGGGGACAGCUGAUGCACUUUCACUACCCGAAUUAAUUCAUCAAGUCAAAGAUUUAAAUAGUUAUGAUGUGGUAUUACAUGUUGGUGAUUUCGCCUAUAAUAUGGAUUCAGAUAACGCAAGAGUUGGUGAUCAAUUUAUGCGUAAUAUACAACCAAUUGCAUCAAAAGUUCCUUAUAUGACAUGUGUUGGUAACCAUGAAGCUGCUUACAAUUUCUCAAAUUACAAAGCAAGAUUCACAAUGCCUGGAGGUGAUGGCGAAUCACAAUUUUAUAGUUUUAACGUUGGACCUGCGCAUAUUGUGGCAUUUUCUAGUGAAUUAUAUUACUUUUUAUUUUAUGGAUGGAAAACAUUAGUGAUGCAAUAUGAUUGGUUGAUUAAAGAUUUACAAGAAGCGAAUAAACCAGAAAAUCGAAAAAAUCAUCCAUGGAUUAUUGUAAUAGGUCACAGACCAAUGUAUUGUUCAAAUAAUUUUGAUCCAAUGCAUUGUGAUUUUGAAAACAAUAUUGUACGCACCGGAUUUGACAUAUCACCUGACCAUCAUAAAACUGUAUAUCUUAUGGGAUUGGAAAGCUUAUUUUAUCAGUAUGGUGUGGAUUUAAUCAUUGCUGGUCAUGAACAUUCAUAUGAGAGAUUUUGGCCAGUUUACAACAGAACCGUUUGUAAUUCUACAACAAGUCAAAAUCCAUACAAUAAUCCAAACGCUCCAAUACAUAUUGUUAGUGGAGCUGCUGGAUCAAAUGAAGAUAACAAAGUAGGAUGCCUAUCGGUUGAUUUAUCAAGUUGGAAUUAUGAAACAAUCAUUUCGUCAUCAACUUGAAAUAACCCUGGUAAUAUGAAGUGAACUGUAGAUAGAUCCCCUAAUAAAUCAUGUUGAAAUUUUAUUAACUGACUGUAUCAAACUUUGACUCAUAUGGAUAACAUACUAGGAAGUUUAUUAUUAUGUUUAUUUUAUGCAAGGGAUGUUGCACCAAAAGGAAAAUACUUUUUAACUGAAUUGCCAUUGAUGUGUUCGAUCACAGUAAACAGUUCAAUGGGCAAAAUAAGUUUUGUUUAUUUCCUACCAUAAAAAUGAUCUUUUAUCAACUAAUCAAAUAUAGAAUGUAUUAUUCAAAGAAAAUCUAUAUGUGUAAAAAUAUUCAAGAGCAUACUUUAUAAACACCAACUGUACUAUUUGAUUUCAUACAUAAGCUUAAUCUAUGCUUCAAUGAUAAACGGAAAAUCUCCAAAAACACACAACAAACGUUUUGUUCCCUGCGAAUUUCAGUUACUGGAAAGUUUAUCUAAUGAGAGUAAAAAUUUGACGUUCUAUAAUUAUGAACUCCAGUUGUAAUAUUAUCACUGAAGUUUGGAAAACCAACAGUUUGAAUAAUAUCAGUGGUUGAAAUUAUGAGUCAAUUGAAGCUAACACACCAUACUAAACAUGGAAGCACUGGACGGCCGUUUCGUCCUAUUAUGGGACUCAUCAGCAGUGCCCUUUGAAUAAUGACUAAGCGCUCAAAAAAUAACUUGUUAUUAUUUUAUAAAUAAAAUUAUAUAUUUGUAAUAUCUCAAUGAGUAGAAAAAUUAGAUCUCCUGAUGUUUCGUGACUCGGUGUAAGCCACUUCUUCAGAGAAUAAAUAAUCAAAUCGAAAUUAAUUCAAGUUUAAAUAGUACUAAGGAAACAAUGCAAGAAUAUUAUAUGCGAUCAACCAUAAAAACAGAUCUAAACAGUUCAAGAUUGAAAAGAAGUAGCUGCCAUUGAGUUACGAAACGUCAGAAAAUCUAGUUUUUCUACUCAUUUAGUUGUUACAAAAAUAUUAGUUUACCUCAUAACAAACCGUCCAAUUACACGCAAUUAGUUCCCGUUAUGAACUUAAAUAAGGCCAGAACAAAUAUUGAUGCACAAUAAUAUGAAUUCAUUAUGUUUCGUGGUUUCUCAUCAGCUGCUUACAACCAAAUAUGUAUUAGAAUUUUACAUUGAAGUAAGAAAUAGUAUGGAACAAUAGACAUAAGUGAACGUAAAGGAUUGGAAUUACAAAGGUUAUCAAUGAUAACUAUAUACAUAUAUAUAUAUGCAAAAACAGGUCAGAGGUUAUUUGGUGUUAGAAUCAAAGAAACAUUAAGGAUGGUGAUGUAAUAGUUGAGUGGAGUUCAAAGACAGAUAAGAUAAAUUGUGUGAUAAUUUUAGAAGUAAUGAAGGAUUUACAUACGAUUCAUGGAAUUCAAAACUGAUAAGAUGGGUUACAUAAUAAUUGAAUAGAUUUUGAAGAGUUCACAUAAUUUAAGAGAAUCAAGUGAGUGGAAAUGUAUGAGUGAAGAGGUGGUUUAAGUAUUCAAUAAUGGAAGAAGAAUAUAACUCAAAGUAAACAUUAACAAAACAAAACUAAUGACCAAAAAAAUAUGGACUACCAGGGAAGUAAUAAGUUUAUUAAUGUCUCUUUUUGAAUACAUAGAUCCAGUUUGAGUUUUUUUUAUCACGAUCGCUUCGGCUAAACGGGGAGAAGCCGUAUUUCUUUGUCUGCAACUAAUUUCAAAAGCAUGAGGAAUGUCAAUGGUAUACGCGGUGUGAAGUAAAUGCUGAGCUAUUACACUGUUGACAGCCCUAGUCCCUCACAUCCUCAGUUUCUUUGGAACAUGCUCAUAAAUGAGAACAUGUACUCUUCUCUCGGUUCUUCCAAUGUAUGUGCUCCAUAUAUAUAUAUGUAAAAUUCUAAUACAUAUUUGGCUGUAAGUAGCUGAUGAGAAACUACGAAAUACAAUGAAUUCAUAUUAUUCUGCAUCAAUAUUUGUUCUGACUUUAUUUAAAUCUAUCCCAUGCUCAAUUUAUUCGAAAUUAUCAUGCCAAACCUUGGUAAUGAUACCGACAAACUCAUUGUUAUCCUUUUUAGUAAUAUUUAUGUAAAAAUGAUUAGUUCUUAUUUAUUACAACUAAACAUCAAUCGAUUACUGAUAAUGAACAGUUUGAAUUCUAUCAAGAAGUGCUUGAACUUAGAAUAAACCUUCAAUUAAUUAGUUAAUUAUUUAUGUGUAAAUGAAAGUUUCAAAAUUGUUCCUAUCAAACCAUGAUCAAAACUAGGCUAACCUGUCUCGACAAAAUCAGCUCGAUUUAUAUGAUCAUUUUAUGUGACACAUGAGAUGCUUGAGUCAAUCAUUUAGCCCUUUUUGUUAUAAGAGCUUCCUAACAUUCUGGUAAGUUGUAAUUAUUCAAUUAUGCGAACGAUAUAAACCUUUACAAAAGGAACAGUUUCUGUUCUACACUUUUACUAGUGAAAACUAUUCUGAAUGUUG